UUUAGCUGCGUCUGUCACAGUCCACUGUGCUGUGAGCUUAUGUAUGGCGUACUUUAUUGUACGCACUUUACAGUCGGUUGGAAACUACUCCACCUAGCAUUAUGUGUGGUAUCAGCUCGGCUAACGCAAGAAUGUACAAUUUUUGUUUAAAUUGCUGUUAUCAGCUCAUAUAGCUAGCUUUCUCCGGGUUUUUGGAAGAGGUAUAGUUAGCAUUAGCGGUGGAGUUCACUGACCCUCGGAUACAUGGCGACUUAGCAACCCUAUUUUACAUCUCCUAAGUCCGGGGCAUCGUUAUAAUUUUGCGGGGUUGCACAUUUUUAUCAAAUAUGUCUCAGCUUCCUGAGUGUGAUGAUACCACUCCACUGCUCAGGGAUGAUGCAAGCAGUGAUGACUCUCAGGAUGAAGAUUACAAGAGUCGGUGGAGGUCUAUCAGAGUCAUGUACUUCACCAUGUUCUUCAGCAGUGUUGGUUUCACUAUUGUAAUCACAUCACUGUGGCCCUAUUUGCAAAAGAUUGAUGACAGUGCCAACGCCAGUUUCUUGGGAUGGGUGGUGGCAGCCUACAGUCUCGGUCAGAUGUUGGCCUCACCUAUUUUUGGCCUUUGGUCCAACCACCGGCCACGCAGGGAGCCGCUGGUGUGUUCCAUCAUCAUCAACCUGUCAGCCAACAUCUACUACGCCUACGCAUACCUUCCCAGAACCAAUAACAAGAUCCACAUGCUCAUGUCCAGAGCCUUUGUGGGCUUUGGAGCAGGUAAUGUUGCUGUGGUGAGGUCAUAUGUUGCUGGAGCUACAUCCCUGAAGGAAAGGACCGGUGCCAUGGCAAACAUGAGUGCCUGUCAGGCUCUGGGUUUCAUCCUGGGACCAGCUCUGCAGGCAUGCCUAUCAUUUAUUGGUGAGCAUGGUGUCACGGUAAAGUUCAUAGACCUGCAGCUCAACAUGUACACCGCUCCUGCUAUACUGGCUGCAGCCUUUGGUCUUGUCAACAUCCUGCUGGUUGUUUUGGUGCUGAGAGAGCACCGUGUUGAUGACGAUGGAAGACACAUUCAAGCCAUCAACUACACAGCAGAAGAAAGUGAUGACAUAAGUGAAGAAGCUGAGGAGACCAUUGAUCAGGUAGCGGUCCUGACUUCCAACGCCCUCUUCUUCAUCGUCAUGUUCAUCUUUGCUGUCUUUGAGACGAUUGCCACGCCUUUGUCCAUGGACAUGUUCGCUUGGACAAGGAAAGAAGCUGUGUUAUACAAUGGCAUCAUCAUCUGUGGCAUUGGAUUUGAAUCCAUUUUGGUGUUUCUACUUGUAAAAAUAGCCUCUCAAAGGUACGGGGAUCGUCCUGUGUUGCUUGCAGGCUUGGCCAUUAUAUUCUGUGGCUUCUUUAUUCUACUUCCAUGGGGAAAUCAUUACCCUAAAAUCCAGUGGGCAGACCUCAAAAACAACUCUUUGGUCAGUCAGAUAUCUAAAGCCACGAUAGCCUCCAACAACUCCAUGGAGCCAACUGGCUGCCCGUAUGAACAGACCUGGUGCCAGUAUACGCCCGCCAUCCAUCUGGCCCAGUACAUCACAUCUGACUUCCUCAUCGGGGUGGGAUACCCAGCCUGCAAUGUGAUGUCCUACACACUGUAUUCUAAAAUCCUCGGACCCAAACCUCAGGGCGUGUACAUGGGGUGGUUGACAGCCUCGGGGAGCGGAGCGCGCACAUUGGGUCCAGUCUUUGUCUCCCAGGCCUACACCAUGCUGGGACCCCGCUGGGCCUUCAGCCUCAUCUGUGGCAUGGUGGUAGGGGCCAUCAUCCUCCUCAGCUCUGUUUACCACAGACUCAUUGCCUUUUCUGUACGCCACGGACGGAUAAUAGAAUAACAAGCGGAAAGACUGAUGGCAGUUUCCUACUUUUACUCUUAAAAACUUUAAACCAAAUUCCAAGUUAUAUAAUGAAGGUUCUUUGUUGCUGUUACUUCCUUUUAAAAUAUGGCAACAAGUAAGCCUUGGAGAGUUUGUGACUCAGGGUUGAUCUUUAAACUCUAAGGCGAAGAGAUAAGGCCGGGUUAUUUCUCAUGAUUUGACCUAAAAUGGCUGCUUUGUGAGUUGAAAGGGAGCGAGCACUGCAGCUGCACUUUAACUCAUGUGUUAUGAAAGAAGCCAUGUGACACCUUUUCAUAAUCUUGUAUCCAUGAUAUCAAAGCGAAUGCAGUUUUAAAUCGAGUUACUGAACACAAGUUUUAUGUAAUUACCUUGUUGGUCUCAAAGCUAAAUUAAUUACAACAUUUUUUUACAUACACUUUAACUUCAGCAAAGCCUUUUUAAAACCUGAAAAGCUUCUCUUUGGAAUAAAUUUUAACAUUUAAUUUUGAAAUCUACAGGCACAUGUAAACAUAUGCUAUCAAAUUAUGUGUUUAGUUUUUAUCAACAUAAAAUGUGCCAACUACUGAAUAGGGUAUGUGAUGGUACGUCACGCUGUGUGGGACGGGGGCGCCAUCUUGUGAGGAGUGUGCUCUGUUGCCUGUGCCUGCUAUGUGGGUUACCUGCUCACAUUGUGUUUGGUUUAAAAGGCUUAUUGGUCCAGAAAGAGGAGUGCAACGUUGCCUUUGUGAGUACGACUGUGCACCCUCAGUUUGCCAGCUUGUGAGUAAGUAGAUCUUGCACCCAGCCACUGCAAAACUGUUCAUGAGCCUGUCGGGCUUUGUAACUUUUAAACUCUUGCAAAGCGUAUGCACUUAAUCCAAAAACAAGAGUGGACCUGGGCUGCCAAGUCAUAUGGAUCUGUGAUGUUUAUCAUGAUUACUUUGUCCAAAUUCUGUUGCUUAGCACUGUGUUUCAGUUUCUCCUGGUAGGGUCACUUCUCCAUCUCUUUAGAUUUGACCGAUGUAACUUUUUAGCCAAACAGUGCAAAAGGUAGGCUGGUAACCACCGCAGCAGGCUCAGGUAACAGAGCGUGUUCCUCACAAAAUGGUGUCCCUGUCCUAAAAUAUAACAAGGCGUGAGCCAAUUUCACAUUCCCUAUAAUGCUUAAUUGAUUGUAUGUGGCAUUCCCUGUACUUUAUGAACUGAUUAUCUUUACAAUGGUUAUUUUUCUGUUUGAGUGGAGAAAAUGGGAGGCGUCAGUUUUGUUGUCAUGCAAGAGAUGUAGAGAGAAACAAACAUUACACAGGCAGUAUAAAUGAAAUAUUUCCAGUCGAACAUUUCCUCAUUCAGGUGUUUUCCUCUAAAGAAGAUAUUGACGGUAUUAUUCCAUUUCUGUUAAUUGCUAUGCUGACAACUGUUUAAAACUAAAAGUGUGAAAUUUUUCUGAAAGUUGUGUGAAUGUGUGUGUGCUAAUGAUUCGCUGACUGUUGUAUUAAAGGAUUAAUGUGAUCUUUAA